UUUCCAGAAACUUCUCGACCGUUGAUCUGGAAGUGUUGGUUUUGAUUAUAAAACGAGCGCUCUCGGAGCAGUCAGCAUUCAGUCACUGCGAAGAAAUUUGAAAGAGCAAGAGUUUAUUUCGUUCGUUGAUUGAUAAGUUCAAUUGCAGUUUAAACAGGUAGUGGUAGUUUUAUCGAAAAGUUUAUUUUCGUCACCUAACAAGAUAAAUAGUCUAGUCCUGUUGUAACAGAAGAAUUAAUACAUACUUCCUGAAAGAAGGUACGAGUGAUUAACAAUGGGAAAAGAUUUUUACAAAAUACUGGGAGUGUCCAAAGGGGCCUCGGAUGACGAGAUCAAAAAGGCUUACCGUAAGCUAGCCCUAAAAUACCAUCCCGACAAAAAUAAGAGCCCACAGGCGGAAGAAAGAUUCAAAGAAGUGGCCGAAGCUUAUGAAAUAUUGUCGGAUAAGAAGAAGCGUGAUAUCUACGACCAGUAUGGUGAGGAAGGCUUAAAAGGAGGAAUGGGAGGCGGAGCCACACAGGAUGGCAACGGAUCUUUCUCGUAUCAGUUCCACGGAGACCCAAGGGCAACAUUUGCGCAGUUUUUCGGAACAAGCGAUCCAUUUGGAGUUUUCUUCGGCAACGAUGGCGGCUCAAAUGUAUUCUAUCACGAAAUUGGUGGCGAUAUGGAUGAUAUACUUGGAUUUGGUGGGAACCGUGGUAAUAUGGGAGGUUUCCCUGGUGGAGCUUUUCGGUCCCAAUCAUUCAACGUACAGGGCGGCUCACUCAAUCGAAAACAUAAAAUGCAAGACCCGCCUAUAGAGCAUGAUCUAUAUGUGACGCUGGAGGACGUAAAUGGAGGUUGUCAAAAAAAGAUGAAAAUUUCAAAAAUGGUUAUGCGGCAAGAUGGAUCUGCUCGGAAAGAAGAAAAAAUUUUGAAUAUCAAUGUGAAACCCGGUUGGAAAGCUGGAACAAAAAUAACGUUUCCAAAAGAAGGUGACCAAGUUCCUGGAAAAAUUCCUGCCGAUAUUGUGUUCAUCAUUCGGGACAAACCGCAUCCUCAUUUCAAACGUGAAGGAAGUGAUAUCAGAUACACUUCAAAAGUUACGUUGCGCCAGGCUUUGUGUGGGACAACGGUAAAAGUGCCAACAUUAUCUGGUGGAGAGCUUCUAUCGAUAUCGACUAUGGGGGAAAUCAUCCGACCAAACACAGUAAAACGGCUGCAAGGUCGGGGACUGCCGUUCCCGAAGGAACCAUCGCGACGAGGAGACAUGCUGGUGGCUUUCGAUAUUCAAUUCCCUACUCAGCUGAAUCAGAACGCGAAAGAUAUUUUAGCGGAUUUGCUCCCGAUAGAUGGAAAUUCCUAAAGCUACAGGAAUGUUCUAGAGCAACGGAAAAUACGUCGCGUAUGAGCCGCGUGAUGAAGUACUACUCUCUCUCUCUCUCUCGCUUUGAUACGCCUGGGCAGUUUGAUUGCGCCAAUACAGUGAGCGUGAAGAUGGGAGAGAGAAUGCCCCUUUGUAAAUAUGUACCGUUAACGGGUGUAUAAAGCAAAUACAGAGAAGCUGUAAAUAGAUUAUCAAGUGCGAGCGAGUGAACGUAUGAAAACUACUGUUCUAAAUGAUAGAGAGUAGGAAAACAUCUUAUUUUUUCGUUUUAUCGAAAAGGUUUGUUAUUAUUUAUCAAGUUUCCAAGUAGUGAAUAUAUUUUUUUGAAUGGAAGAAAGACUGAAUGUAGUGCGUUCUAUGCGAUGAAUUGAAAUAUGAGAGGGAAACGUUUUCCUAUUAUAUUGUUUGAACUUAAAGGAGUGUUAUGAUAGUGUAAAUGAACGGCUAUCUGUAGUGACAUGUAAAAUCACUAGCUUGUAAACAGGUAAAUGAAUAGCGGGAAGCUUUUAAGCUAAAAAUUGGUUUUCGUACGUUAUAGUACAAGUGUAAUCCUAUAUAAUUUAAAAUAAAAAAAAAAAAGAAAAAAAUUAAAUAA